GUUUAGCUGAGUCCGCACGUCAGUUUAUUGGCAAUCACGUCACGAGCGAAUGUGGAACGACUUGAAAUUUUCCAAAAUACACUACAAAAAUUGUGUGUUUGCACAUGGAGGAAUUUUGUUCCUCCGUGGUUUGCCUACGUGUAUACACACGUACACAAAUUGUGCGUGUUUGUUAGCAGGUGCGGUGUUGACGACGGGGCCGGGCGCAAUGACCUGUAGCCAGACUGCUGACAGCGACGAGUAGUGGCAGUGUACUUGCAUCCGUUAUAGACGUGACACUGACACCGUAAAGACAAACAAAAUGGCCGUUUGGGGUGAUUGGUAUUCGAACGUGACCACCGUGUUGGUUGCAUUGACUACUCUGGCUGCCUUUGCUUUGUACAAGAGCUCGAAGCGACCGGCUAACUUCCCUCCAGGACCGUUUGCUCUGCCUCUGCUCGGGAAUGUUACAUCAUUUUUGUCCAAAACUGCGUUGGAGGUCAUGUGCGAUCUGCACAAGCAGUACGGAGGUGUCUUCUCACUGAGGUUUGGUGCUUUCAACUUGAUUGUACUGAACAACAUUCAGGUCGUCCGAGAAGCGCUGGUGACGAAAGCCGUGGAGUUUGCGGGUCGACCGAAGACAUACUCCGUUGAAAUCUUCACUGAAGGAUUCAAAGAUAUUGUCUUCUCGGACUACGGCCCGCAGUGGAAGUACCAACGCAAGCUUGGCCACACUGCAAUUAGGCAUUUUGCGCAGAAAGAACAACUGCAGAAGCUCGUCUUCAGCGUCACUCCGCAAAUUGCCAAAGUUCUGGAUGACCUUGGGGACAAACCGUUCGCACCCAAGUACACCAUCGGCCAGAUCGUGUAUAAUAUCCUCGCAAGCUUGUGCUUCAACAAACAAUACGAGUUCAACCAGCCUGAACUGUUGCAGUGGAUUCAGUUGAAUGUUGAUGCACAGGAAGCCUUCGGCAAUGGUCUUAUUGCUGACUUCUUUCCUGCCUUAAGUUUCAUUCCAACUCAGGGUGAACGGAAGGUUCGGAAGAUUAUUGCAGAGAUGUUAGGGUUCUUCAGAAAGGAGUUAAAGAUACAUAGGGAGCAGUUUGACCCAGAAAACGUGCGUGACUUCGUUGACUCGUUGCUGUUGACCCAGAAGCAGGCAAUAGAAGCUGGGGAGGAGGAAGCCGAACACAUCACCGAUACUCACAUUUGUCUGACAGUCUUUGACAUUUUCUCAGCUGGAACCGAGACUACCACUCUCACUCUUCACUGGGCGGUGGGUCUCUUGGCCGAGAAUCCGGAGGUCCAGGAGAAGGUUGCCAAGGAGAUUGAUGACGUCCUGGGUCGUGAUACGCUCCCCUCGUUGGACGACCGCGGCUUGUUGCCGUACAUUGAGGCCACCAUCCUGGAGGUUCACCGCUAUGGAUCAGUUGUGCCUUUAGGCGUCCCCCAUAAUGUCACUACCGACACCACAGUGGCUGGGUACGAUAUCCCCAAAGGCACCAUGGUGAUGAUUAACCAUCUGGCUCUGCACAAUGACCCAACACAGUGGUCCGAACCGGAGAAGUUUAAGCCGGAGCACUUUUUGGACGACAACGGUCAACUGCUCAAAAAGCUCCCAGAGAGCUUUCUCCCAUUCAGCACCGGACGUCGCGUCUGCCUCGGCGAAGACUUUGCCAAGAAGGAAAUCUUCUUGCUCUUCACUUGGCUGUUUGGCCGGUACUCCUUCUACAAGGUACCGGGCAAGGAGUCUGAGUCUCUCUUGACUCUCAACAAGGUGGCGACCUUGACUCACCAGCCUCUGGACGAAAUGGAGAUAUGCGUCAAGAAGCGUUAUUAGGCUUGUCAAGAGGUACUGACAUACUCAGACCCAUGACAAUGUUUUUGCAGAUGUUUUUACAUCAAAAACACUGCAAUUUCUGGUUCCUCUAUAUCUGGUUCCAAGAUCAUAGUUAAAAUUUGUUAAUGAUGCUUAGCACCAGAGCUCACAGCAAGAGAAUAUAUAAUAAUAAUAAUUAUAAUAUGUGGUGUUUAUAUAGCGCUUUAUACCUAAUGUUUCAAAGUUUUUCAUCAUUAUUACCCUGCUCAAUGGGCCAAUGAAACAUUCUAAAUACCAUCACAGCUCCCUGGGGAGUAUACAGCUCGAUGCUGCCAUUUCGGCCCAAAGCAGCUUAAAUCAACCACAAUAACCAUCUCUGCCCUCACAGGUAUCCAUUUACUCCUGGGUGGAGAGAAGCAAUGAGUGACAAAGUGCCUUGCCCAAGGGCACUCGCACCAUAGCCGCAGGCUGGACUCGAACCCACAACCUGCAGAAUAACCCGCAGACCACGAAUUCAAUGCUCCCGACGCUUACAAAUGAAAUUUUUUAGUGAUGUCAAAUCACAAGUCGCUUUACAAGUUGAUUACAAAUGAAAUCGCCAGUCAAUCGAUAGUGAGAUUCCAAGUCAGUCAUAAGUCAAAUCAAAGGCCAACCAAAAGUCAGUCGCAAGUUAAAUUACAGGUCAUUGUACCCCGCAUUUCAUCUGUGAAGUUAGCUCCUUUAAAGAUUGAAAUUGAAAAAGAAAUACCACCCCCCAACAAAAAGGUGAAAUAAUCUUUUUAAUUUCAACAGAAGUAAAUUAAAGCGGAAAAUCUUUGCAUCAGUUUGUGGUAUAAAUAGCAUUUCAAACAUGUGAGGAACACAAAAGUAGUUGUUGCAAAAUUAACGUAAAAAAACAAAUACAGUUAGACAUUUUCUAAAAGGUUAUGCGCAAUUUAGAUAUAGAUUUAAUUGUAGUUUUUAGUGGGUUUUUUUUCCAAGUAUUUUUUUGUGUGGAUUUGUGUGAUUUCGAUGGUGUAUAUAAUUAAACGAUCAUAACCAAUUAGACAAUUUAUGCAUAUUUUUCCUCGCAAUCUCAAUCUAUAAUCAAUAUGUAAGCAAUUGCAAUUAUACCUAGUGAUUGUGUUUAUAGCAACUUAAAAUAGCAACUUAAAAUAGCAACUUAGAACUACAAAAAUACUUCUUAGAAACAACUGAAGCAGUUUUGUUGAAUGACCAAAUAUAAAGGGCUUAUAUACGAUUUCUAUAAAACGGAGAAUAUAAUACUUCAUUAUUCCUGAUCUAUAUUUACUAUUUUAUAAGGGCUUAUAUACGAUUUCUAUAUUUCCGGAGAAUAUAAUACUUUAUCAUUCCUGAUCUAUAUUUACUAUUUUAUAAGGGCUUAUACGAUUUAUAAAACGGAGAAUAUAAUACUUCAUUAUUCCUGAUCUUUAUUUACUAUUUUAUAAGGGCUUAUAUACGAUUUCUAUAUUUCCGGAGAAUAUAAUACUUCAUCGUUCCUGAUCUAUAUUUACUAUUUUAUAAGGGCUUAUAUACGAUUUCUAUAAAACGGAGAAUAUAAUACUUCAUUAUUCCUGAGCUAUAUUUACUAUUUUAUAUACAAAUUCUGAAUGAUGUAAAUUAUGAAUGUACAUUUCAUUUGCGUAGCAGGGUUUAUAUUGAUACACAUAUACGAAUCUAUUUUUAUUAUUACUCUUUUCAAGUAAAUAGGCUACAAUUUAAACAAAAGUAGUAAUUUUCCAUUUAUUUUGUGAUAAAAAAAAGUCAAACUUAUGAAUGCAUGAUUUGUAAUUGUGGAAAAAAUAGCUUUCGCUUCAACACAUAAUCCUAUACCUUUUCCAAAAGGUCUUCAAUAAUUGGCUUUAAUUACAAAAAAGUAAAUGGUUGUCAGUUUUGUAGUCCGCCAGGCUUAUUUAUAGAGUCUAGAACGAAAGCUUCCAUUUAGUUUCGCUUGUAUCAUUGUGAUAUUAUAUAAUGGCACACAGCAGCACAUAAUUUUCAUGAAUGCUUCUUCAUUUACGAAAAAGGUGAACAGCUUGUUUUUUUUAUCCGGUUCGUUGGUUUGACGUCAGUUCAUUUAAAACCACGCCCGCUGGCCAUUAAGUAGCAUUCGAACCAUUGGAACCGGAAGCUAACGCAAUAUGUUGAGUGUUUAUCCAAUGGGUGCUAGUAUCAGUGGUGCGCGCGCGCGUGUAUGACGCUUAUAGUAACGAACCGGAUAACACACACUGUUCAAAGUUAUACCAAAAGAGGGUAAGGGGAAAGGUUCGUAAAGACUUCAUAUUUGAGGAGAGUAAUAAUUUUAACAUGAAAAAUGAUGACAUUUAUGACUUGUUCUCAACUUCCACAUUCCAAUAUUAUUUGCUAUGCUGCAGUGUGUGAGUGUGUGUAAUGAAUAAAUAUACAUGUAUUGGUAGUGCUAAAUCGAACUUCCCGAUAAGUCCGUCUUUUUCUUUUAUUCAUUAGGGCUAUAUACCAUAUCAAUAAGAGCUUUGUUAUCAAUUAAUGGUUUGUGCA